AUGUCUUCUAUCGUGGCCGUUGCAGGGGGUUCCCGUGGACUGGGUCGUGCUAUUGUUGAGGCGAUCCUUGCCGACAACAAACAUCAUGUCUUCAUUCUUAGUCGACAGACGAGCGAAGAGGGAGAGAAAGAGAUAGGUGCAAGAUUUCUGCAAGUUGACUACAGCGACAUCGAUAACAUCAAGACUCUACUGGAGCAUCACAAAAUUGAUACUGUUAUCUCAGCCCUUAGUGCUAAGGCAAUCGGAUUAUACGAGAUGAAUCUUGCUGUCGCCUCCGAAAAGUCCAAUGUCACCACGAGGUAUAUUCCUAGUAUUUGGGGCAUUAAAUACCCCGCGAGGCAAGUAGUAGUCUCGCCUCUACCAUUUGGUCCACCCAAGGCCGCUGUAAUGGACUUCCUCAAGACAACGGACUUGGAAUAUUCCGCAUGGUAUACCGGCUUUUUCAUCGAUUACUACGUCUCGCCUCCCCUUAUUUCGCCUCUUGAUCACUGGACCGUUUUUAUCGAUAUUGCAAAUCGUACUGCGGCGCUGCCGGGAAGCGGUGACGUUCCCGUUGCCAUGAGCUACACGAUGGAUGUUGCAAAGUUUGUCGCCGGAUCGCUUUCCCUAUCUAAGUGGGAGAGAGAGACGCUCAUCUACAAUGACAAAUUGACAAUGAAUCAAUAUGUCCAGGUUGUUGAAGAAGUUAGAAGAGAGAAGAUACAAGUGACAUAUGACUCUCUCGACUUGCUGAAGUCGGGGAAAAUCACGGAACUUCCCAGUCAUCCUCCCAUGUACGAGUUUGUUUCUAAAGAUGUCAUUCAGAGCUUUCUGGCAGCUUUCGGAAUUCUGUUUGAAACGGGCGAGUUCGACCUCAGGGAAGGUUAUCGUAUCCAGGAUGGUUUACCAAGUCUAAAGCUUCAGAACUUUAGGGAUCUUCUGACGCAGAGUCAGUAA